UGUUAUUUUGUGUUGUUGUGUUGGCGCGUUUUGUGGUUUUGCGAUUACGUUGAUUUCAUUGCAAAGCAAAUUGUGCGUGGAAUAACAUACUUGGAAAGCUCAAUACUGUUAUCUGAAGCUAAAUAAACAGAUUGGCCGGCGAUUGGGUGCGACCAGUUACCUGGAAACCUAUGAAAUUGCAGUUUGUUUAUUGCAAUUCCAGUUUCUUCCAUUUUUGUCAUUAGAUACCGCUAAAGCACCUGUGAUUGGCACCGAAAGAGAGGCAGCCGCGGUCGGAGAGCGGUUCGCCGAUCGGCGGAGGUUUACGGCUACGGUUCCGGCUCUAUAAAUAUGGCUGCUCGCCAGCUGGGGCGCUUAGUCCGAUCGCUAGCCGUUGAUCUUUCGGGUACAGUGAGCUCCCUCAGUAGGGGUACAGUGAGCACUUACAGUACGGCGACCACUCUCAGUACAGUGAGCAUCCAACGCAUGGAGUCCCUGGCAGUAUCGGGUUCGGGUUGUAGCCUGGCCGAGCUCGUCUUUAAUCCCCCUUCACAGAGUUGUAAUGGAAAUCAUAGUACGGGUAAUGGUUCUACCAGCAGCAGCAACAACAACAACAAGGCCGAUAAUGCCGCCUUUGAGGAGGCCAUCAAGCAGCUGAACUUCCUGCAGUCGAACGAUGCUGCCAUAAGGAAUUCGAUGUACAAUGCCCGCGUGGAUACCAAGGCGGAUACCAUUAAGUACCUGGAGCGGAGCGGUCUGCCGCUGGAAACCGUGGAGCGGCUGUCCUUCAUCCAUGUAGCCGGUACCAAGGGCAAGGGCUCCACCUGCGCCCUGACCGAAUCCCUGCUGCGUCACCAAGGCGUCCGCACGGGAUUCUUCAGCUCCCCGCACAUCCUGUCCACCAACGAACGGAUCCGCAUCGAUGGCCAGCUGCUGGCCAAGGAUAAGUUCACGGAGCAGUUCUGGAAGGUGUACAAUCGACUGUGGAAGUUGCGAGAGCACGAUCACGACAUGCCCGCCUACUUUAAGUUCCUGACCAUUCUGGGAUUCCAUGUCUUCAUUUCGGAGAAGGUGGAUGUGGUCGUUUUGGAGGUGGGAAUCGGUGGAGAGCAUGAUUGCACGAAUAUCGUGAGAAAUGUGCGCACCGUGGGCAUCACAUCGCUGGGAUUGGAGCACACAGAGCUGUUGGGGCAUACACUGCCGGAAAUUGCGUGGCAGAAGGCGGGUAUCAUUAAGCCGAAAUCACAUGUCUUCACCCAUGUCAGGCAGCCGGAUUGUCUGCAGGUGAUUCGCCAGCGGACGCAGGAGCAGUCAGCAACGCUCUACGAAGUCCCGCCCACCGAGGACUACUUCCGAUCGGAGGCAUAUGCUCCGAUUUGGAAGAGCUUCAGCCAUAUGAUCCGUCUGAAUGGCUCCCUGGCCAUUCAGUUGGCCUGCGAUUGGCUGUCGCAGGCGAGGAGUCCCCUGCAGCAGGAGCACACGCCCAACGAGGUGAGGAUGGAUCCACAGCUGCUGCGCGCACUGGUCAGCACCCAUUGGCCAGGUCGCUGCCAGCUGGUCCACUGGCAUGGAAUGCGGCUCCAUCUGGACGGAGCCCACACCCUGGAGAGCAUGGCGGUGUGCACGGACUGGUUCGAGAAGAGCGUGCGGAACAGCGUCAACCCAAAGAUCCUGAUCUUCAAUCGCACUGGAGAAUCUGGCUUUGCCCCCCUGCUGGAGCUACUGAAUCGCACCUGUGCCUUCGACAUGGUCUGCUUUGUGCCCAAUCUGGCCACCUCCACACCGAAUGCUCCCAGCCAAGUGAUGGUUCGCUUCAGUGCCGAGAUGCAAUUGAAGCGGGCGAGAACCAUUGCCGGCGAAUGGAGUGACCUCAGCAAAAGGCAGGGGCAAAAGGAUGAGGGUCAAGUGUACGACACGCUAACCGAUUGCUUCGCCGCCAUCCGGCGAAGAUUUCCCCAAACGGACAACGGCGCACAGCUUGAGGUCCUCGUCACCGGUUCCAUUCACCUACUGGGUGCAGCGAUAAGUGCCCUAGACCUGAUCGAUGAAUCCCAGAACUGACUUUUACAUUCCUAGUGAAACAGAAAUCAAUUACUUCCUAUACAAAAUUUAUUUCCCAAUAAUUGAUAAGCUCUUAUAUACAAUUUAGUUGUAGUUAAGCCCAGUCCUACAGUCCUGAAAUCCAGAAUGAAACAGAGAGCAAUUGUAUAGUAUAUCAUUAGUAUUAGUUAUGCCCAGUCCUAUAGUCCUGAAAUCCAGAGUUAACUAACUUCACAUCACGUUUUCGGACUUUAAAAUGUUAUAAAAAACAAAAACAUUAGAAAUGUUUAAUCCUACUUGGUAAUAAGACGAAUUAUUACUACUGUCCUGAAAACCAAAGCGAAACAGGAGACAAUAGGAUAGGAUAUGAUUAGUUUUAGUUAUGCCCAGUCCUAUAGUCCUGAAAUCCAGAUUAUUCGGACUUUAAAAUGUUAUAAAAAAAACAAAAUCACUAGAAUCGUUUAAUCCUACUUGGUAAUAGGACGAAUUAUUCAUAGAGUUCUUAAUUACAGAAUGAAACAGGGGACAAUAGUAUAGGAUAAGAUUUAGUUGUAGCUAAGCCCAGUCCUACAAUUCUGAAAUCAAGAGUUAUCUAAGUUUUUCGGACUUUAAAAUGUUAUGAAAGUAUAAAAAAAACAAAUAUUUUAU